UUCAAAUAUUAUAACUUUUCAAAUAUUUUAAUUUAUUUAUAUAACCUAUAGUUUCAACUAAAUUAUAUAUAUAUAAACAGUUCAUAAAAAGCUAAUACCUACUCACACUUUACACCCUCACCUGAAUUAAUAUCUGUAAUUUUUUAUUUUUCCAUUUGGUCCUCAUGUUCUUGUUGUUUUUUAGGUUUGUUAGUUGUAAUGUUGUUUUUAUAACAAUUUGAUUAUCAGAAUCUGUGUUAACUUUAUAAGCACGGAAAUUGAGAUUUUAUAGUAAAAAAAUUGAGUUUUUUUUUUCUUUUUUUUUUGCAAAAAAAAUGGUAAUUUGCUAUUCUUUAAGUUGUAAUGUUGUUUUUUUUUUAUAACAAUUUGAUUAUCAGAACCUGUGUUAACUUUAUAACAAGAAUGGGAAUUUGAGAUUUUGUAGUAAAGUUUAGAUUUUUAUUUGUUUUUGCAAAAAAAAAAAAAAAAAAAAGGGAAUUUGCUAUUCUUUAAGUUGUAAUGUUGUUUUUUUUAUAACAAUUUGAUUAUCAGAACCUGUGUUAACUUUAUAACAAGAAUGGGAAUUUGAGAUAUUGUAGUAAAGUUUAGAUUUUUAUUUGUUUUUUGCAAAAAAUAAAAAUAAAAAUGGGGAUUUGCUAUUCUUCAAGUAAAGGGAAGAGUAGUGAGAAGGAAUGUGAUGGAAAAAAUGAGAGUAAAAUGAUUGAUUUGAAGUUGAGGAAGAGUAGUAGUUCUUCUAACGGUGAUUUUAGUACAUUUAUAAGCAAGUUGAGUGGUGGUGGAGGAAGUGGAGUUGAGGAGAAGGGAAUUGAACAGAUACCGGGAAGGUUAAUAGGGAAUGGUGGUAGUAGUGUUGCUUGUUUAUAUACUCAGCAAGGAAAGAAAGGUAUCAAUCAAGAUGCAAUGAUUGUUUGGGAGAAUUAUUGUUCGAGAAGCGAUACAAUCCUUUGUGGAGUAUAUGAUGGACAUGGUCCUCAUGGUCAUAUGGUUGCAAGGAAAGUUCGAGAUUAUCUUCCAAUUUUGCUGCGAUCAGAGUGGGAAACUAAAUCCUGUGGUGAUCAAAAUGCUGUAUCCGAAAAUGGACAUACUAAUGGAGGCUCACAUUUUGACGACAUUGUGGAUGAUGAUUUGGUUGAAUCAGUGGAAGCUGAGAACAACGAAAAAUUCCCAGAAAUCCAUCUGCCACUUAAGAGGUCAAUGUUAAGGGCUUUUAGAUCAAUGGAUAAGGAACUGAAGUUACACCCCUCAAUUGACUGUUUCUGCAGCGGUUCAACUGCUGUUACUUUGGUAAUGCAGGGCCAGGAUAUAUUUGUUGGUAAUGUUGGCGACUCAAGAGCAGUUUUGGCAACAAGAGAUAAAGACAACUCUUUAAUGGCUGUACAGUUGACAGUAGAUUUGAAGCCUAAUCUUCCAAGAGAAGCUGCUAGAAUCCACAAAUGUAAAGGAAGGGUUUUCGCAUUGCAAGAUGAGCCAGAGGUUGCACGUGUGUGGUUGCCAAACUGUGACUCUCCAGGUUUGGCAAUGGCCAGAGCAUUUGGUGAUUUUUGUCUCAAGGAUUUUGGGUUAAUAUCUGUACCGGAUGUGUAUUACCACCACAUUACUGAAGGGGACGAGUUUGUCCUCCUUGCAACUGAUGGGGUUUGGGAUGUCCUUUCUAAUAAGGAAGCUGUAGAUAUUGUGGCCUCUGCUCCAAGUCGUGCAACAGCUGGCCGAGCUCUUGUUGACUGUGCUACUAGAGCAUGGAGACUAAAAUAUCCAACGUCAAAGAAUGACGACUGUGCUGUAGUAUGCCUUUACCUAGACACCACACCUGUACCUGAUGUCAAGGGGAUAGAAGGCCAAAAUAAGCUGACAAAUUCUCCUGAAGUGGAAACUAAGACAAAUACUAUGGAUGGAAAUAAGCUGACAAAUUCCCCUGAAGUGGAAAUUAAGACAAAUACUAUAGAUGGAAAUGUUGGAAGAUCAGAUACUGAAGCUAUUUCAACCUCUCAGACUGUCGGUCGUGAAGAUCUCAGUACUACCAAGGAUGAUAGUGAGAUAGUUCCAGUUGUUGAGUCACUGGAAGAACAACAUCCGGAUAAGGGUCUUGGCCAGUCUAAGAGAAGUAUAGCUGAGUUCCUUUCAACUGCACAAGAUGACGAAUGGUCAGCCCUCGAGGGAAUUACCAGAGUUAAUAGUCUUCUAAGUAUUCCUAGAUUCUUGUCUGCUGAAAAAAGGUCUAACAGUUGGAGAAGAAAAUGGUUAUGAGACAUCAGCCAACGGUUAAAUAUCUUGAGGUUAAUCAAAUGGUCUUCACUGGUAUCUCCUGCUGCUGUUGUUGUCAAAGAUUCUGUAAAUGAAACUGAUAGGUGUAAUAGUAUAGGUUUUUGUUUAAAUUGCCAAAUUAGAUGGCCUGAAACUAUGUUGCUCAGACACUGCAAAAAAGUUGUUUGCACCAGUUUCGGGCCCUUAAGAAAUGCAUAGCUUUUGGAGGAUCCGACGCACAUCCAGCAACAUAGGCCUGAAGUAACAGAUUGUUGUUGUGCUUGUGGACCAUCCACGUUGGCAAUUCUUUUUGGUAGGGAAAGUUGUAUUUGCUGCUUAAAUUUGUGUACAAUGCCAUGGAAAUGGGCUCAGUAGGAAAUGGCGAUUUGUUUGUGUA